AAAUAUUUCCUGCUUGUGUGAGAACAGGUUUGUCCUGCGGCGACGGGCGAAGCACUUCCACAGAAAGGUGUGAUCUUUCUCGUUCGUCAUAUCGAAAUCUGUGGGCUUCAUCCAACUUCUUAAACUUCAAAUAUCAUUUGGAUUUUUCUUGGAAGAGCGACCUGUCAGGUGUUCCGAGCACUAGUUUUGACCUUUGGACCGAGUCAACGGUUGCUUUAAUAUAAGCAGCAGCCACAUGGACACUUGGAAAAGCCUUUGCUCUCAUCGGAGCGUUCCUAUCGAGGUGGACGAGAGCACGCCGCCCUCCGACCUCGCCCUCGACUGGGCUUCUAAUUGCCAGCGGUGCAGUGGACCGGGGAACAGUGGAAGCUGGGAGCCAAGUGGGGAAAUGAGCAUCCAUACGAACCGGGACAGACUUCUUCAGCGUUAUUUCCAGAGUGAACUGAAAACGACGAGUCCUCCUGCCUCCUCCCAGGGCGCCUGGGUUUGGCUUCCAAGACCAGGGGAGAGUUGCCGUUGUGAUUUUAUCGAACCUCAAAACGAGCUUCAGUGUUCGUUGGAUGAGGGCGAUGGCUUGGAGCCACCUCUCCCCCUUAUGUCAGAACUCAACAGCACCCACGACAUCCCAUCGCACUACCCAGCAGAACAUAUUCAAGGCUUCCGUCCAAAGCAGGAGAGUUGCUGUCGACGCUGCGCGUGUCAAUGUCAGAGGGCUGCACCCUUUGCACCGCCGUGGAACCAUCCAGGAAACAAAAUGCAACAUGGCAACGCUCCAAAUGCCACAAAUGCCCUUCAAGCGCAAGCUGGGGCGGCUCCCGGGGAUGUCAUGUGCGAGGUCGGUUUCAAUGACCCCCUUCGAGUAGAUCGCGGACCAGGUACGAGGGAGACCAGGAGGACUGUCACGCUUCCUGAUGAAUAUCGGAACGUGUUCAUCACAUAUUCAGUAGACACGGCGGAGGAAAUGACUGCCCUCAGCAAAUUCCUAACAAGUCAAGGCUUCAAACCCGCAAUUGACAUUUUUGACAAUCCAACCAUCCGAAUGGGCAUCACCAGAUGGAUGGACAGAUUUUUAAAUGACAAAUCCGUUCUCAUCAUUGUGGCAAUCAGCCCCAAGUACAAGGAGGAUGUCGAGGGGGAUGCUGACGAUGAGCACGGGCUACACACCAAGUACAUCCACAAUCGGAUCCAGAAUGAAUUCAUCCAACAAGGCUGCCUGAAUUUCAGACUCAUCCCAGUGUUGUUUUGCAAUGCCACAAAGAAACAUGUCCCCGGUUGGCUUCAGAACACAAGGAUCUACAGGUGGCCUCAAGACACGCAGGACCUGCUCUUGCGCUUGCUGAGGGAGGAACGCUACAUCGUUCCACAGCCAGAAGCAUCCCUCACCCUCACAAUUCGUCCACUCUGAAAGAAACGACAAAUACUGUCACAGCGCGAAGACGCGCCAACAGCGUUCGAGAGGAAAGAACAUUUCCAGCGGCCGUCUUCACUUCUCUUGGUCUUUUUGACUCAUGAUCGAUUCUAUCAUCUUCGGAGCAUGAGAGAUUUCUGCACGGUCGUGUUUGAAAUGAGAGCAGAUGAUUCCAAUUUGAAGCGCAUCAGGAACCGUACGAAGCCUGGAGUGUGAUGCCGAGAAGAUUGCUGUCGUUUGUUCAUCCGCAGAACGUUCUCCGUGUCUUUCGUCUCGCUCAUCAUUCCUGACAGGUUUCCCCAGAAGGUGGCAGCACGUCUCAAAUAAUCAAAACCACUCGCAGCGGA